AUGACUCCAAAAGGCUAUCCAGUGCCUUGCCCUGGGCACGUUUGCAUAUUAAAAUGCUCUCUUUAUGGCUUGAAGCAAGCCUCACAUCAGUUGAAUAUUGAGCUUACUGAUCGUCUCCAAGCUUAUGGGUUUUUGCAAUGUCCCCCUGAUCAUUGUCUCUUUAUGCAUUUCACCCCUGGUUCUUUUACUGCUCUUUUGGUUUAUGUUGAAAACAUCCUGCUAACUGGUAAUUCAGAUGCUGAGCUUGAGGCUGUUAAGGUUCACUUAGAUGUUUUCUUCACCAUCAAAGAUUUGGGUUAUGCCAAAUAUUUCUUGGGAUUAGAAUUGGUUCGUUCUGCUCAUGGUCUCUUAGUGACUCAACAGAAAUACCUCCAUGACAUCCUUCAAGAUUUUCAUAUGUUGAAUGCUAAGGAUGUGUCAACUCCUUUUCCCCCGAGACUGAAAUUAACCUCGGAUUCAAGCACUCUCUUGAUUGAUCCUGGUGUUUAUAGGUGCUUGAUUGAUCGACUUCUCUACCUUGGAUUCACUCGGCCUAAUGUCUCCUUUGCUGUCCAACAACUUAGUCAAUUUCUCUAG